ACUCUUCCUGCACGUUGAGGAGUCUUGAUUUGUUCUUAGUGAUUUAUAUUUUCAAGAGAUGCAAGGAUGGGGAUUUUAUCUGCUCCAAGAUGAAGAUAUGUUAUUUCAUUACUUAUUUAUCCUUUUCUACUUUUAUUUAAAUAUAUUUCCUUUUUUUUUUUAAUCUUGAUACUCACUAUUCAUAUCUAAAAUUGAACUUAUAGGAAUUUCGAAUAAUAGAUUUUUAGUCACAAAGUCUCUUGAAUGCGCGCAAAACAUGGGCAAAAUUUGUAGGAUGCAGCUUAAGGUGCUGAAUAAGGGAUCCCAAAAAGGAGAUAGUACUGUAUACUUGUGACUGAAUUAACUCAUUAAGAGGGCAAAAAAUAAAUACAAAACAGAAUGGAGAUAUUAGACAGACCUAAAAUGUGAAACUGGCCAUUGGCGAGGCAUUGGAAAUAGGCUAGGGAUGUGACAUAAAUGUUUCACUAAGAAUGCUAAUUAUCAAAAGUUCUCAAGUUGGGGAGUAUAUUUUAAUUAUCCCUUGCUUGCAUCCAACUUCUUAAUUUUGUCAUGAUUCAUGAAUAGAGUCUUCGUUAACUGUUGAAAGUUGCUGAACAAAGCAGGGGUUUUGGGUCAUUUAUGCAAUUUAUCUUUUUUUAAUUCCUUUUAUUAUUUUAUUCAGUCCAGGACUUAGGCGCUACCUUCUGUUAUGAUUUUACAAGAUUAAACCUAGAUUGGAUUCUCCCAGAUACCGGGCUAUGCCGGGCAGGCAUGUUGCCUAAGUAUUUCUCUAUUUAACCUAAUGAAUAAUGAGAGAACAGUAUGAAUCGGAGCCAUGGCUUCUCAUCUGCAUUCUCUCCUUCUAUUUGGCCAAUUCCAAGUCCUAGCCUCUAAAACUUCAAUUGGCUCAUUCUUAUUGCUAUCUAACCCUGCAAAUGAAUGUGUCUCGAUAUGGUGACCUCUUCAUUAGGAAUAAUUUGUCCUAACCUUCUUGGAUAAAUAUCACGUUAAUGGCCUUAGGCAAGACAUACAACGGGAAUUUAGAGUAAGCUACCUUGAGAACAUUAAAGAAGCUUAUCAUCAAUCGAUAGAAAUAGGUUCAGUAACUAGGUAUCCCUCUGUUAUUGCUCUGGUACCAUGUAGGUUUCAUAACAUUUAUUCCAUAAAUUGAAGAGUACAACACAGAACUAUAUAUCCUAGUUCUGGAAACCCUAAAAUGAUCAAACAGAUUGACUAAGAUAAGAUAAAACAAUCUAAUAAAUCUAAUCUAUUCUAAUCCCGUAUAAUUAGUUAUAUAAUAGAAAAAUAUAAAAAGUAAAUAGGACUUGAAUAUUUUGAAUAAAACUGAAAUAAAUAUCUGAAUAUUGGAAGAUGCCAUCCAACAAUUUGAAAAACCUGGAAGUCCCGUUAAAAAAGAAAGAUAUCAAAGUGGGCAAACUAAUCUAUCUUUCCCAUGCCGGACCUGAUAUUGUAUUCCUGUGGUAAGCCAACACAUGAAUAACCUGCAUGAACAACACUUAGCGGCAGUUUAAAAUAUACUUAGAUACUUGAAAUUUGCACCGGGUAAAUGUUUGUACUUUAGAAAAUCCACUGAAAGGGGAAUACAAUUUUACUCUUAUGCAGAUUGUUAAGGCUCUUAAGAGGAUAGUUGCUCUACCACUGGUUAUCUUGUAGCAAUAUUGAAUCAGAAUUAUGGGCACUAGCAUUAGGUAUUUGUGAAGGCCUAGGGCUGGAUAGACUGUUUAAGGGACUGAAAUUAAAGUCUGAAGGGCAACUGAAGUUGUUCCGUGAUAUGUCUACUAUUAAGAUUGUAAAGAACCUUGUUUAUCAUGAUAGAACUAAACAUGUGAUGAUAGAUCGUCAUUUCAUUAAAGAAAAGAUUGAGUUCGAUCAAGUAGAGUUGAUUCACAUGUUUUCCAAACAAUGUACAGCAGAUGUACUCACUAAAGCGAUUCAAAAUCUAAGAUUUGAUGAAUUGUGUCUAGAUGGGCUUGUUUAACAUAUAUUCCCCUUUUUAGGUCAUUUAUUCACUUUAUUUAUCGGAUUUUUAUUCCUUUUAUUAUUUUAUUUAGUCUAGGACUCGUAGUAUGUACGCACCUAAUGAAUAAUGAGAGAACAGUAUAGCUGAUCAAUAUAGAGGUCGGAAACUUCAUUAACACUUCAACAACUAGCUAGAGUGUCAGUCAAGGUAUAUGAUAGUUCAAGGACACUAUAAUGUGCCUUUUAUUUGAUGAAAUGAUGACCAAUUUCCACAUAUAUUGUUUAAUCAUAUUGGACUGGAUGUUUGCAAUAUUGAUUGUCAAGGUUGCCACUCAAGAUCUUCAUAGGACCUUUUCACUGAAUUUUAAGUUCACUCAACAAGACAAAAUUACAAAUUUGGGGACAAAGUUGCACAAUCUUGGAAGUUUUCAAAUAAUGACUAUUUUUUUCAAAUUUAAUCAUUAAGAUUUGUUUCCCUAUUAAAAAUGGGAAAAUGAGUUGCAAAUUCAACAAGUCAAUAUUGUAAAUUUGAGAGGCAAAGUUGAAAAAUAUCAAAACAUCAAAUUUAGGAGACAAUGAAAAUCUGCUGAUGUGCACACUGAAGCUCUAUCCAAGGCUUAGUUUGAAGACUUAACAAGCAAGCUACGACUGAUGGAUAUCUAUUCUCCAGCUUGAGGGGAAGUGUUGGAGGAUGCCGAUGGCCCAAGCCCAUAUCUGAAUGGGAUCUGCUCUCAUUUAAUUGCAUUUAGUUGUAUCUUUAUUUUUAUUCACAUUUCAAAGUUAGGAUCAGAUCUUAGAAUUAAUUAGUUUUGAUCUUCUUUAGUUUGUAUUUCAGAUCUGAUCAUGUAUGACUCUCUCAACAGAUUUGGUCAUAUCUGGUUAUUUCCCUAGCCUUAGUUUCCUAUAUGUAUCUGUGCAUACUCUAAAUAAAAAAUCUGAAGCUGCAUUAUCAAUUGCUCAGCCGAUUUCUUCAAAAACUUGUCUUCCUUGUGAGAGAGAAAUCAAACAAUAGAGAGAGAGAGAGAGAAUGAGCCAGAAUAAAGGAAUGAGAUGGAGAAGGGGGAGCAGUUGAGAGAAUGGGGAGUUGAGAAGGUGAGGUUGAUAAAGUGAAAACAAGUGGGAAGAAAGUGAGAUGGAGAGAAAAAGAUGGAUAGAAGAGAAGAGGUGAUAUUGAGAGGCUGAGUGGCAUGGCAAAGGUAAAAGAGAUCAAAGAAGUGGCGCCUUAGAAGAAGUAUCCACUUCUACUUAAGUUGGAUACUGGGUUCAUUCGUUUUGUUUUGAUGGGAUAUGCUUAAUAUGGAACCUUGAUUCUCAUACCUUUGCUUUUGAUGGGUCCAAUACUGAGUUCAUUGGCCAAGUUUAUAAGAGGAGGAGGCCUAGUGAGAAGUCUAAAACCUAGAAUGGAGAAGUCAGCCUGAUUUAAAAGGCUAGAGCUAACCCACAGCCUAAUAACCCUGUUGAGGGCAAUGAGUGGCAGUUUUCUGGGGUCGAGUACCCCAGUGUUAGGCAUCCAAUGGAAUUGUGGUGACUUGGGAUCAAGAUGCUCAAAAUUGGACCAGUAAUUGAAUUGGUUAAGCAUUGGUUCAAGAGUUAAUAAUCAAAACUAUAGUAAACUUGUCAAGUCACUGGUUUUAAUGGUUUGUUGGUUCAAUAGGGCAGAUUGACCUGAAUUUCCAUACUAUGCUUGGAAGAGCCCUUGACCUCUCAAACAUCAGUGAAGUUUACUCUAUUCUGCAAUGUUUUUCUUUUUUUUUCCUGCUUAAACUACUGUAACUGGCACUAGUUGGCUAUAAUUAUCCCUUUUUCCUCUUAUUUUUUGCAUUGAAGAGGUUGCAACUGGUUGUUCUGGUACUAUUUGAAUAUAUAAGUUUUUAAGGUUCCAUCAACUUGUGCUUGUGCACACGUCUUUUCUUUUGUUCUUUUUUCAACUAAAAGUUUGCUUUGAUCUGUUGAUCAAUGUUUGAUUUGAGUUGAUUAGGUUUCGUUGCCACCUUCUCCUAAAGAUGGCCUGAAGGGAUGUUCAUUGCAUUAUUUGUUGGACUGGCUGAGUGCUUGACCUCACAACCUCAUUAGUUGACUGAUGGUUGAUUUCCUGAAGUGGUUUGCUUUAAUAUGUGUUUUGCUUUGGCAUGUUGUCACUGUCCUGAUUGCCUUCCAUCACUGAGGAAAACUAUAUUUCCCAAUUUUACAAACCCAUCAGUUAUAAUGGCAUAUCCAUAAAAUCAUAUUCCAUGGAAAGGUUUCUAUUAAAAUGAUUUUGAUUAUAUAUUCAUUGUUUACUAAUUUUUUUUAUAUAGUUUAUUAUUAUUUCUUUUGCUAAUUUUAUACAAAUAGUGAAUUUCAUGAAGUUUUUCACUAAAUCUGAUUUAGUCAAAGAUUAUCAACUAUGAUAAAAUAUUAGCGUGUUACAUUUUGGUAUCAUAAGUAUUUGACACUGGUAUUUGAGAUGGGUGCAUGGAGAGAAGGAGGGAGAGAAGGAGAAGUUUGUGCCUUAUUGUGGUGAAGGUGCCUAGGAAGUUGAGGAAGAAUUUGAAAGUUUGUGCAGAGCACGUGACCUCUUAAAGAGACUAAUAUGCGCUAAAAGAUCUUGAAACUGCCAAAGGGCUAGGGAAGUUAGACUAUUUCACACUUGUGGUUGUUGUACAUAAGGUUAUAUAAAUGAGUAUUAUUACUUUUUGGUCUUCUACUGUGGAAUUGGAUGUUUGGAGAUUUCUAAAAAGGCAUCGACAUGCAGGCAGCUUGUGCUCGUCCUCUCUCUUGUAUGUGUUGUCAAUCUCUUACACUAAGAAAUUUAUGUUCUCCAUCAACUUCUUCACGCCUUGUAGCAACUAGAAACUUUCAGCAUAGAGAACAAUGUCAAGGCCAUACAGGAUUGUUUGAUUUGGAUAUUCUCAUUUCUAAAGCUAGUAAAGGUAGUAGUGAGGAUGAAAUUUUUCAGUCUCUUGUCAAUGACCGAGCAUGUGAUGCUAUAAAUGUGUCUCACAAUCUAAUUGAGGGGUUACUUCAUCGAUUUAAGGAUAAUUGGAAGUCCGCAUUUGGAAUUUUCAAAUGGGCUAGUUUGCAUUCAGGCUUUAGACACUCACCUGAAACAUAUGAUAUGAUGGUUGAUAUAUUAGGUAAAAUGAAGCAAUGGGGUAAGGUAAGAGCUCUCUUAGAAGAAAUGAGUCAGAGAAGCCUCAUCACUCUCAAUACUAUAGCUAAGGUAAUGAGAAGGUUUGCAGGUGGAGGGCAAUGGAAAGAUGCUGUCAGGAUAUUUGAUGAAAUAGAAACUCUUGGGUUGGAUAAAAACAUAGAGUCCUUGAACUUGUUAUUUGAUACCCUCUGCAAAGAGAACAAAGUGGAGCAAGCUCGUGCCGUCUUCCUGAAUCUGAAGCAGCACAUUUCACCAAAUGCUUACACAUUCAACAUUUUCAUUCAUGGAUGGUGCAAAGUUAGGCGUGUAGAUGAAGCACAUUGGACAAUCCUAGAGAUGAAAGGACAUGGUUUUCGUCCUAGUGUUAUAAGCUACACAACCAUCAUCCAGUGUUAUUGUCGAGAGCAGAAUUUUAAUAGGGUUUAUGAGCUCCUUGAUGAAAUGCAAGCUCAAGAUUGCUCUCCAAAUGUGAUCACUUUCACAGGCAUCAUAUUUGCGCUGGCAAAGGCAGAAAAUUUUGAGGAAGCUUUGCAAAUGGCUGAGAGGAUGAAGUCUGUUGGAUGUAAGCCUGAUACACUUUUCUACAAUUCCUUGAUUUAUACACUGGGCAGAGCAGGCAGAGUACAUGAUGCUAUUUAUGUAUUCAAAGUGGAGAUGCAAAAUGCUAGUCUUACCCCAAAUACAUGCACAUAUAAUACAAUGAUUUCCAUGUUUUGUGAUCAUGCAGAGCAAAGUAAGGCCUUUGAACUACUCAAGGAGAUGCAAGAUUCUGGCCUUUGUAAGCCUGAUACUCAGUCUUACCAUCCAUUGAUCAAAUCAUGCUUUAAAGCUGGAGUUAUAGACAGUUGUUUGAAUGAUAUACUGGAUUAUAUGGUCAAUAAACAUCGUCUUUGUCUUGAUAUUUCAACAUACACACUCAUAAUUCAUGGACUUUGUAGAGCAGAUCAAUGUGAGUGGGCUUACUCAAUAUUUGAGGAGAUGAUUAAUCAUGGCUUAGUUCCUAGACACAGAACUUGCCGUUUGCUGCUGGAUGAAGUUAAACUGAAAAAUAUGUAUGGAGCUGCUGAGAAAAUUGAAGAUGUCAUGAAGAAACUUUUAUGAAUUUCACGUUUUUGGAAUGGCGAUGCUUAUCCAAGCAUGACUUUUGAUGGAUUGUUGACGUGCAUCAUAUUACUCAUUAAAUAAAUAAAAUUACUUAAAACUAGUUGUCAAAAGAAAGCUGCUUGAGAUCAUUUAAAUUCAGAUUAACAUCCAAUUUUGUUAAUGCCUUUAAUUAUGUAUCUAAAUGUUAGAAUUACAGUGUGUGUGAGCGACUUUUAAUUUUCUUCCCCGACAAAGUUAAU